GUGUAGUCCGUAGGAGUCAGGCAUGAACGCCGCGAGCGUGAGGAUGGUGACCCGCAGCCGGAGCCGGGGAUCCGGGUCCCGGCAGCGGGCGGUUGGGGAGGAGGCCGCGCCACUCCAGAGGGGAGAAGCGGCUGCAGAAAGAAGGAAAAGCCACAGCUGUGUGAAGCGUCAGCAGAAGGCACAAAGACUGAAUGUGGCCUAUGAGGCCUCAGAUGGUGAGAAAGGAGAGAACACUGAGCCCCUCAGGGCGCCAGGCUGGGAGCCCCAGGACUGGCGACAGCAGUUGGCGAACAUCCGCACCAUGAGGAGUGGGAAGGAUGCGCCUGUGGACCAGCUGGGGGCUGAGCACUGCUAUGACCCCAGUGCACCCCCAAAGGUGCGGAGGUAUCAGGUGCUGCUGUCGCUGAUGCUCUCCAGCCAGACCAAAGACCAGGUGACAGCGGGCGCCAUGCAGCGGCUACGAGCCCGGGGCCUGACGGUGGACAGCAUCCUGCAGACAGAUGACAGUACACUGGGCAUGCUCAUUUACCCCGUGGGCUUCUGGAGGAACAAGGUGAAGUACAUCAAGCAGACCAGUGCCAUCCUGCAGCAGCGCUAUGAUGGGGACAUUCCAGCCUCUGUGGCAGAGCUGGUGGCACUGCCAGGCGUUGGGCCCAAGAUGGCACACUUGGCCAUGGCCGUGGCCUGGGGCACCGUGUCCGGCAUUGCAGUGGACACACACGUGCACAGGAUCGCCAACAGACUCAGGUGGACCAAGAAGACGACCAAGUCCCCAGAGGAGACCCGCACUGCCUUGGAGGAGUGGCUGCCCAGGGAGCUGUGGAGGGAGAUCAACGGACUGUUGGUGGGCUUCGGCCAGCAGACCUGUCUGCCUGUCCGCCCACGCUGCCAGGCCUGCCUCAACCGGGCCCUGUGCCCAGCCGCACAGGGGCUCUGAGGGCCGUGGGCCUCGGCCCCGGGCACCACUGUGGCCACUAUCUGUUACAUGCCUUUGCUGGGGAGCUGCAGCCUGUUUAUAAUAAAGCUUGGGGUUGUUCAUA